AUGUCAUCCAUCAUCAUCAGAACCGCAGACCAAACAAAACGAAGAUUGUGUGAAGUCCUCAACGAAAUCAAGCGUCUGAACUUGGAUUCGGUCGACCAAAUGACAACAACCGACGAAACAAUCCGUCUUCAUCAGGAACGGAGAAGGAUCACCCAAGAAAAAAUCAUGCAUAUCCAAAUAUACAUAGAGGCGUUGGAAUCGGUCAAUACAGAGUGGAAACAAUUCAUCCAGCAGAUUUCAGUCUCAACCAAAAGAAAAGAAGAAGAAGAUCGAUACCUUCAGAUAAACGACGAUGAAUCAGGUAUUACCAACUUAAUUUUACAAGCAAAACAAACUGUAGUCAUUUUAAAAAUGUAUCAAAAUGAUUCGGAGUUCAUAUUACAACGGCUAAAUCAGUCUAUGGUAAGGGAGGAAACAACUCAACCCAAGGAACCCACACAAGCGGGUAAAUACCCUACAGUAAAUCUCCCACAACUACCACUGCCCACAUUCAGUGGGAAUCCAAGACGCUGGAGGGAAUUUUGGAAUAGCUUUGAUACAGCUAUACAUCAACAAGCAAUUCCCGAUAUCCAUAAACUAAAUUAUCUCAUCACAUGUCUCAAAGGAGACGCCCUCCAAGCUAUCAGAGGUUAUGACAUAACUCCGGAGAAUUACAGUGUCGUAAGAAAUGUCCUCGUCGAAAAGUUUGGGCAGCCUUACGCCAUCAAACGAGCCUUGUUCACCGAAUUAUACUCCAUCAGAAAGAACGAUAGAGAGUGGAAAGCAACGCUUGAGGCCAUUGAGCGAACACUUCGACAAUUGGAGGCCAUCGGUGAGAAUUUAGAGCAGUCCGGUAUCGAAAUAGCUGUGGAAGGGAAAUUGCCAACCUGGAUCCUAGAACAGGUUUACAGAAGAAAGAGGCAGGAAUCGUGGUCUGUCACCAAACUCCGAAACUUCCUCACGGAGCUUGCAUCUGUGAACGAAGAAGUAGUACAAAGCCAGUCCCUAUGGUUUAAAGGGAAUAAGGAGAAUCAAUCUCCAAUAAAAGGCAAGCCAAGACCACGACACAAUCCCAAUGAGACUUCAGCCUUAACAACCUCUGUUCCGGAGAAACCCAUCAUCAAAGCCCUAUCAAGACCUUGUGCACUAUGCAACAAGAAUCACUGGGAUGAAGAGUGCCAGAUUUAUCCCACUCUCAAACAAAGGCUGGAACGUCUGAAGAAACUAAACGCUUGCCUCAACUGCUUCAAGAUCGGACAUAUGGCAGCCAGAUGCAAAAACAAGAAACGGAAUUGCUUCCACUGCAAGGGUCAGCACAAUUCCGCGCUGUGCCCUAACAAAUUCAAGGAAAUGCCCAAUAAACCAGAGGAUCCAGACUCCACUACCACGACAAAUAUAAUAGUCGAAAAAGAGAAGAAACGUGACAAGCGCAUCCUACUCUUAUGCAAGCAGAUAAAUGUGUUCAACCCAACUAAUCCAAAUACUCAACAAAGGGCUUUAGCCCUAUUCGACGUUGGAUCACAAUUAUCCUUUGUUUCAAAGAACUUAGCCAAACAACUAAUGCUUAACGAAACAGAUGAAGGGAAAUUAAACAUCGCUUCAUUCGGCAAAAAGGACCCGAACACGCACCUUACAACCAGAAUUGAAAUAGGGAUAAAAAUCGGAAAGGACCGUACAGUGUUGCUCGAAGCGAACACCGUGGACUAUUUAACAAACAAACUACAAGUAGUCAACUUAAGUGAAAGCGACAUACGAUCCCUCAAAGGAAGUCCAACAAUUGAUUUCCACAGUGAAUGGAAGCAACCGGAUAUAUUAAUAGGAGCCAACCACUUCUUUCAAUUCAUCAAUUUCGACAAAGCAGAGAAUCUGCAAUCGGGAUUCACACUGCUCCACACUAAAGUGGGCCCGAUCCUGGCUGGGUCUGGCUAUACAAAGAAAAUUUCUCCCAAUUCACGAAUGUCCUCACAAAUAGUUUACGCCGCUAACACGAUCAACGUUCCAGAUUUAGAUCAAUUCUGGAAACUGGAACUAAUAGGCAUACAAGACAAACCCGAGAUCAAUGACGAUGAAGAAGCCUUAAAACAAUUUAAGCAAACGAUUAGAAAAUCCGAUGGACGAUACCAGGUCGCAUGGCCAUGGAAAGACACCAGUUCCAAAUUAAGCGACAAUUUCGAAUUAUGUCUCGGACGCUUACAGUCGUUAAUCAAGCGACUUCACCGCAACCAACAUCUACUUACCACAUACAAUGAAACAAUCAAUGAACAGUUAAGAUCCAAUGUCAUCGAAAGGAUAACACCACGACAAAGGUCAGAAUAG